AGGAGUCGGGGCUGACCCACAAACCUUGAGCACUCAGAUUCGAGCCAGCGCCAACGAGUCCGGGGGCAUCGCCUGCAGUGGCCGAGAUCAUGGCCGGUUGAGCGGGACGCCGCCUCCGCCACCGCCGCCGCCGCCGCCGCCGCCGCCUCCUCCUCCUCAGCCGGCGGCGGCCCGGGCCCAACAGCCAUGGCCGAAGACUACUGGGAUGGGCGCCUGCGGCGAACAGGAGGAGAAGGAGGUCGUGCGGCCUCAGCACAGGCUGCCACCCCAGGCGCCACCACGCCGGUCCCGAGGCUCUGAGGUUGCCCAUGCGCCCCCGCCGAUUGCCAUGGAUCGGAUGAAGAAGAUCAAACGGCAGCUGUCAGUGACACUCCGAGGGGGCCGAGGUAUUGACAAGACUAAUGGUGCCCCUGAGCAAAUAGGCCUGGAUGAGAGUGGUGGUGGUGGUGGUGGUGGCAGUGACCCUGGAGAGGCCCUCACACAUGCUGGGGAACCUCGCUCUGGACGGGGCCUACUCAGCGCUGCACAAGAGAUUGUGCACGAGGACCUGAAGAUAGGGUCUGAUGGGGAGAGUGACCAGGCAUCAGCUACAUCCUCAGAUGAGGUGCAGUCACCAGUGAGGGUGCGCAUGCGCAAUCAUCCCCCACGCAAAAUCUCCACUGAGGACAUCAACAAGCGCCUAUCACUACCAGCUGAUAUUCGGUUGCCUGAGGGCUAUCUUGAGAAGCUAACCCUCAAUAGCCCCAUCUUUGACAAGCCCCUUAGUCGUCGUCUCCGUCGUGUUAGCCUGUCUGAAAUUGGCUUUGGGAAAUUGGAGACCUACAUCAAGCUGGACAAACUGGGCGAGGGUACCUAUGCCACUGUCUACAAAGGCAAAAGCAAGCUAACAGACAACCUUGUAGCACUCAAGGAAAUCAGAUUGGAGCAUGAAGAGGGGGCACCCUGCACUGCCAUCCGGGAAGUGUCCCUGCUUAAGGAUCUCAAACAUGCCAACAUCGUCACGUUACAUGACAUUAUCCACACAGAGAAGUCCCUCACCCUUGUCUUUGAGUACCUGGAUAAGGACCUGAAACAAUACCUGGAUGACUGUGGAAACAUCAUCAACAUGCACAACGUGAAACUGUUCCUGUUCCAGCUGCUCCGUGGCCUGGCCUACUGCCACCGGCAGAAGGUGCUACACCGAGACCUCAAACCCCAGAACCUGCUCAUCAAUGAGAGGGGAGAGCUCAAACUGGCGGACUUUGGCCUGGCCCGAGCCAAGUCAAUCCCAACGAAGACCUACUCCAAUGAGGUGGUGACAUUAUGGUACCGACCCCCUGACAUCCUGCUAGGGUCCACAGAUUACUCUACCCAGAUUGACAUGUGGGGUGUAGGCUGUAUCUUCUAUGAGAUGACCACCGGUCGGCCCCUCUUCCCCGGUUCCACAGUGGAAGAACAACUACACUUCAUCUUCCGCAUCCUAGGGACCCCAACUGAGAAGACAUGGCCAGGCAUCCUAUCUAAUGAAGAGUUCAAAACAUACAACUACCCCAAGUACCGAGCUGAGGCCCUUUUGAGCCAUGCCCCCCGACUUGAGAGUGAUGGAUCCGAUCUCCUCUCCAAGCUGCUGCAGUUUGAGGGUCGCAAUCGGAUCUCUGCAGAGGAUGCCAUGAAACAUCCUUUCUUUCUCAGCCUGGGGGAGAGGAUCCAUAAACUUCCUGACACUACUUCCAUAUUUGCACUAAAGGAGAUCCAGCUACAAAAUGAGGCCAGCCUUCGGUCUUCAUCAAUGCCUGACUCAGGCAGGCCAGCUUUCCAUGUGGUGGACACCGAGUUCUAAGCUGAGUACUAAGCCACAGUCCCAGGCCCCAGGAGGCAGUGGCUGGAGGAAUGCCAAACUCCUCACAGGGCAGCCUGCGACUCCAUCCCCCACUAGCUGCCUGCCUACCUGCCUAACUCAUGCUCGCCUGCCCACAUAUCCCUUGCUGCUUCGCUCAACAUCCAACCAUUGGCCUGCCACCUCACCCAUUGGCCUCUCUACUGGGUGCUAACAAAGCUCUCAUCGCUUCUU